CCGGCGAGUGAUUAACCGGGAUCUGAACCGUGAAAGGUUUUCAGAAGCAAGAGUUGCAGACGAGCGACGUUCUAGGAGUUUGGAAUUAAAUGAAAUUCAUAGGGAACGAAUGGAGAGCAGAAAUAAUGACAGAGAAGUACGCGCUUUCAGCCGAGACGCACGAACUGCUGAAACCGGACGUAGAGACACCAGGAGAUCAAUGGGAAGAGAUUCUGAAAUCCGCGAUCAGCGGUCCACCCGUCUUAGUCGCUCUGACGUAGAAACAAGAAGGGUGGACUCCAGAAGAAUAAAUGAAAGAGAAAUCCGCGAUAGCCUUAGGAGCAUGGACCGACGCCAAAUCCGCUCGAAUGAACGCUUGGACUUGGCGCGAGAACGUCGUGCGGUCACCGACCGGCUCACCCGUUCCGUUGACAGAACUCCAGUAGUUCGAUCAAGCGACUCACGUCUCAGCAGCGAACCAGAGAGAAUUCGGGAGAUAAGGCGUACGGAAAGUCGCUCCACUGAACGGUAUGAUGCGGUCCGUGAUUCGCGAGCACGGGAAAGUCGAUUAUUUACUGGAGUACGGGCACAAAGAGUAGACACCAGGCGAGCUAUCGACAGACGAGAUGUCAACACAAUGGACCGUCUUAGCAACAUGCCUGAGGAAUCUCGGCGGGAGUCAAGGCGUACAGUCGAAAGAGAAUCCAGGAUCGUUCGCGAAGAGCGUAGCGACAUGCAUUCGAGGGCUCGCCUUGCUGGAGUUCGCGACCAACGACUGGACCUGACCCGCAACAUCCAUCAAACGGAAAAUUCUAGGGAAGUACGCAAUAUCAGGGAUACAAGGCGUGACAUUUCACGAGAGGCACAAAGAACGACAGUGCGUCAAGAGCGCUUACCUAGCGAUCGCCGAGACAUCAGAUCUGAAGAUUCAAGGAGGAUGAACACAAGGAUGUCUGGAAACGACAGGAGCAUUGAUAUGAGGCGAGCAAAUGAACGGAAUAUGAGAACCAACACUCGCGACGCGAACCGAAGGGUUGAGCUUGCAAACGAGCGGGACUCUAUCCGAGACACUAGAAUCGAGUCCCGUAGGGUCAGCCGAUCUGAGAGAAUAUCCAAUCCUGAACGCCGAGUCGACUCUCGAAGAGAGAACGAACGACUUAGCCGAGACGUAUCCCGCCGCGAAGUCAGGACGGGUGAGCGACGCGACUAUCAAGACAUGAGGGUUAAACGCGAAGUACCAGAAACACGCUUCGAAGCCAGAAACCUAAAGAGCCUAGAACGAGAUACUGUUAAUCUAGCUGGACACCGAAGCUCUUGGGAUGCUGUCAAUGAGAAAGGGCAGAUGGAAUCUCGUUCAGCCAUGAACUGGCAGUACCUGUUCUACACACUGCAAGGGUUGUAUCUUGGCAGCGUCAUCCUGCAGAUGAUUGGAGCAUCUGAUAAAAAUAAAAUGAGGUCUACAGGCUUCUGGGCUACCACACAAAAAAUGCUGAAAGUUGAAUAAGCAGAGAACAUGGCCAUAUUAUUAUAUCUUCUAUUUAUCUGUAGUUGGUAUUAAAAUAUAUUAUGUGAAUAGUUUUGUUGUAAUUUUAGAG